UGUGCGCCCAACACUGCUUUGCCUUUUCAGUUUUCUCCACACUUUAUUGCAUUUUCCUUUUUUUUCUCCGCACUCUUUCAUCUCUUCUUCUUCUGCUGUGUCUUGAGGCAUACACAACAAUGGCACCCAGAGGCAGACCCAGAAAGCGGUUAGGCAGAAUGGACGCAGCAAUUGAUGCCAUGACACCUUUCGGCUUUGAUGAAUCGCUAGUUCGGAAAACUGUGAAUAAACUCCUCAAGGAAUACGGCGGAAAUGACGGAUGGGCCUUUAUCGAGGAUUGUGGCUACAAAGAACUUAUUGAAGCUAUUCUUCGCGAUCUGGAGAGCCACGAUGAAGGCACUACCAAUUUACAAGAGGAUGUCUCCUCACAAGAUGAAAGAGCAGAAGAACCUGCUUUACAAUGCACCAUUGGCCCCUCCAGCACUCUCGGUGAUUCCUCAUGCAACGCAGCUGGCAAUACUGUAGGAGAAACAGCAUUCUCUGAGCUUGUCAAUGCAGUAGGGGAACCAACACACGAAGAGCUUUGCAGCAACAGACAAGACAUUAGCAGUACUGAAGUAUUUUGUUCCCUGCUGGCUGUAGGAGAUGGAAAUAGCUGGAAAGAUGUUGGGGAGGACCAAAUCUCUACCCAGAAGGAGACAGCUAAUGCUGUUUGCCGUGAUGGUCGAAGUUCUGGGAAUAAAGUACAACCCGGAACCAGCUCUCAUGUUUUUGCUCCAACUCCAACUCAUUCCCCAUGCCCUGUUAAAUAUCUCAAAAUUUGUUCUGAGAGUCAAGUUCAAUCAGGGAGUUUCUCUUAUGUUCCUAGUCCACCUCCAACUCUUUCCCCAUGCCCAGUUAAACGUCUCCCUCCCCCUGCUGAUCAUCACCCCACAACUCUUCCUUCCUCAAAGGGUGUCUCCUCACAAGAUGAAAGAGCAGUACAAGACCCUGCUUUAGAAAGCACCAUUGGCCCCUUGGGCAUUCUUGUUGAUUCCACAUGCAACAAAGCUGGCAAUACUGUAGGAGAAACAACAUGCACUGAGCUUGUUAAUGCAGUAGGAGAACUAACAUACGAAGAGCUUUGCAGUAACAAACAAGACAUUGGCAGUACUGAAGUAUUAAGUCUCCUGCCAGCUGAAGGAGAUGGAAAUAGGUGGAAAGACAUAGGGGAAGACAAGACCGCUACCCAGAUGGGGACGGCUAAUGCUGUUUUCUUUGGUGGUGGAAAUUCUGGGAGUGAAGUGCAACCAGGAAGUAACUGUCACGUUACAGCUCCACCUCCAACUUCUUCCCCGAGCUCAGUACUUAAUAAUCUCCCUCCUUCCUCAAAGCGAAUUUGCCUUGAGCCACCAAGAAGGCGUGUUCCUUGUUAUGGCUGGAUUGAAAGCGAUGAUGAAGAUGAUGCUGACGACUUCAUACAAUUACCACCAAUGAGACCAACAAUAAAUGCAUAGAGAUAGUUGAAUUAGAAAGGGGCUUCUUUUUCUUCUUGUAUCGAUGCUAAGGACUUUUCAAUAUGCCUGUCAAACGGGCCGGGUUGACCCGUUACCGGCUUGGACCGCCCAACUCGGUAGUUAGGGGCCCGGGAGGGCUGGGUCUGGGUUUAGGGGUUGCUCCGUUUAUAAAAUAAAAUACGGUUAACCGGAUCGGUCAAACCCGGUCAAUGAAAAUUACUGUUGAAUCGGUUAACCGGCCCGGCCCGGUUCAACGGCUAUAAUUCUAUUUUUUUGUCUUCUAAUUGAAAUGACCGUUGCCCAACGGUUGGAUUGCAAAAAUAGCCCUUUUUGGGCAAUUUUAUUAAAAAAAUAAUACUUCUAGUAA